CCGUUCGGUAAGCAGCCAGAGGCUCCACUUCCUUCCUCGGAGCAUGAUGGCUGGAGACGAGGUUGGAGUGACGCUGGGACAGCCGCAUCUUUCUCGCCAGGAUCUCGCCACCUUGGAUGUUACCAAAUUGACCCCACUCUCACAGGAAGUUAUCAGCAGACAAGCCACAAUUAACAUAGGUACAAUUGGUCAUGUUGCUCAUGGAAAAUCUACGGUUGUAAAAGCUAUUUCUGGAGUUCAUACAGUCAGAUUCAAAAAUGAAUUGGAAAGAAAUAUUACAAUUAAGCUUGGAUAUGCUAAUGCCAAGAUUUAUAAACUUGAUGAUGCAAGUUGUCCUCGGCCAGAAUGCUAUAGAUCCUGUGGAAGUAGUACACCUGAUGAGUUUCCUACAGACAUUCCUGGGACCAAAGGAAACUUCAGAUUAGUCAGACAUGUUUCCUUUGUUGACUGUCCUGGCCAUGAUAUUUUGAUGGCUACUAUGCUGAAUGGUGCAGCAGUAAUGGAUGCAGCUCUUCUGCUGAUAGCUGGUAAUGAAUCUUGUCCUCAACCUCAGACCUCUGAACAUCUGGCAGCCAUAGAAAUAAUGAAACUGAAACAUAUUUUGAUUCUGCAAAAUAAAAUUGAUUUGGUAAAGGAGAGUCAGGCUAAAGAACAGUAUGAACAGAUACUUGCAUUUGUACAAGGUACAGUAGCAGAAGGAGCUCCUAUUAUUCCAAUUUCUGCUCAACUGAAAUAUAAUAUUGAAGUUGUCUGUGAGUAUAUUGUAAAGAAAAUUCCAGUACCUCUAAGAGACUUUACUUCAGAACCUCGACUUAUUGUUAUUAGGUCUUUUGAUGUCAACAAACCUGGCUGUGAGGUUGAUGACCUUAAAGGUGGUGUGGCUGGUGGCAGUAUUUUAAAGGGUGUAUUAAAGGUGGGCCAAGAGAUAGAAGUCAGACCUGGCAUUGUUUCCAAAGAUAGUGAAGGAAAACUCAUGUGUAAACCAAUCUUUUCCAAAAUUGUAUCACUUUUUGCAGAACACAAUGAUCUUCAGUAUGCUGCUCCAGGGGGUCUUAUUGGAGUUGGAACAAAAAUUGACCCCACUUUGUGCCGGGCUGACAGAAUGGUAGGACAGGUGCUUGGUGCAGUUGGAGCUUUACCGGAGAUCUUCACAGAAUUGGAAAUCUCCUAUUUCCUACUAAGACGACUUCUAGGUGUACGCACAGAAGGAGACAAAAAAGCAGCAAAGGUGCAAAAGCUCUCUAAGAAUGAAGUGCUUAUGGUGAACAUAGGGUCCCUGUCAACAGGAGGAAGAGUUAGUGCAGUCAAGGCUGAUUUGGGUAAAAUAGUUCUCACUAAUCCUGUGUGCACAGAAGUAGGGGAAAAAAUUGCCCUUAGCCGAAGAGUUGAGAAACAUUGGCGUUUAAUUGGUUGGGGUCAAAUAAGAAGAGGAGUAACCAUUAAGCCAACAGUUGAAGAUGACUGAACAAUACUGGUUAAAUAAUACACAUGGAUAGAGUUGUAAUUUCUCUUAACAACCUGGGGAGAUAAUUUCAAAGUGAUGUUGGUGAAUAUAUUCCAAAAUUCAUUACUUUAUUAGAAGCUGUAAGUUUAUUCUCAUCUUCUUGUGAUGAAGAUUUAACUUCUAAAUAAUAGAGUCUACAAUAGAUGUCAAAAUUGUUAUACUGCUGGAUUUAAUACAUUUUAGCAGAAACUGAGUGUUGCUAAAGAGUGUCAGAUUUAUAGAUCAAUUCAUGUUUGAAAUGAAACAGCUACUAAACCCAAACUUUGCUAAGGAAUACAUAUCACUGAACCUGUUUAAAAUAAAGUUUUUUCUUCUCAUUUUCUAUGAUAUGUUUUUGCGUAUUUCCAGACUUGAAGGGAUUUUGUAGCUGUCAAAACCUGAAGAUUCAAAGUCUCCAUGAAAAUAAGUUCCCUUUUGCCCCAUAUUUUAUGCAGCCUUAUCUUUAAAAUUUAGAAUGAAAAUUAUUAGGCUUAAAUUAAAUUGUCUUUUAGAGUAUGAGUGCUCAUUUACAGAAAAACCUUUUCUUCCUCUUAUUCUGUUCCUAGAUUGGAACACAGGAAGAUCAAAUCAGUGGUAUUUAACUUCUCUUGGACUAUUCCCAAAACUCAAAACAUUCCCAAAACUCAAAACAGUGUUUCCCUAUUUGCAAAUAUAAUUUUACCAAAUAACCCUGGAUAAAGAAAAAGGUCCAUUUGCCAUUAUUUUUGCUUUUUUUCUUAACCUUUCACUUGAUACAAUUAAAACAUAGAUUAUAAUAGUAGUUUUUUCUUGCCUAUCAGAUAGCAAGUAUUUUUUUCUUAUUCCUUAAAAUACUUAAAGUUUAAUGUUGCCAAAAUUGGCAUAUGAUGUUAAUCCAUAUUGAAAUAAAUCAGAGGUUAUAGAAGAUGCUGAUGUUAUAUGCACUUUGCCAAGUUUUUAUUAGCUCCUGUAUAUUGAAUAGUUAUGAAUUCACUCUUUAACUAGCCAAUAUAUAGUAACAGUGCUUAAAAACUGAUAACUGGUAAUAUAUAGAGGCUCAAAUCUUUUGUACUAUUGGUUAUACAAAAUAAAAAUUAAAAAGCAUUAACA